UAGUCUGGCCACUUCGCACCAACUUCGCCCCGACUUACUCAAGCAGAUAAAUAGUCUUCGUGACCUUCAAUCCGGAUUCUCAAGCUAAAGACUAGCGCCAGUCGUAUUCGCACCACCAUUGUCUUGUCAUUCAUUCAGGAAACACCUGGACAUCAGAUGGGUAUUGGACUUCUGCACAGUCUCCUGUCGUGGCUUCGUCGAGGGAGUGACAAGGUUGAAACCAUGGUCUCCAGCGAAUGUAUCGUUGUGAAUCACGAUCCAAACGAGAUCCGGCCUUUCGAACCUACCGAGAUCGUGGUCAGCACCACCAACGAGCAAGCAGACUGCCUCUUCCUUCAGAAGCUACCUCUCGAGAUCCGCCGAAUCAUCUACACUCACCUUUGGCGACACCCGUAUGCACAUGAGUACCAUCAACCUAAUGGACGUCAUAUAUCCUACGAACGGGGAAGGUGGUUUAGCAGACAAUGUGUCAUGUAUCCCGACGAAGAGGAUCUCAACAGCAUCCAGAACGCGAUGGACGUUGCUUACGAGCAAACAAAACUGGAUAAUCUGCAACGGUGUCACGCAUGGCUGAGGUCCACCUGGGGACAUCGUCACUGGCGGUGCCAGGAGCGAAUGUGUCGUCCUGCAACCGUAGUCGACAAGACUGAUUUUAUCUACAUGAUGCUCAUUUGUAAGCGCAUGUACCCUGAGAUCAUGCAAUCCAUAUUCGAAUCUAAGAGGUUCAUGUUCAACGAUAUCAUCUCUGCUCACGAGUUCCUGGCCGGUGACGGCAUGCCUUUUGCACGACACAUUCGUGAUCUCGAGUUGACGUUCAAUUUGGGCCAGCAUCACUAUCAACCAUUCAUGCUAGCUGCAGCAGAGCAAGGUGCAGGUCAAGACGCACUGGAUAAACUUUCUCGGCAUGGGUUGUUGAACGACAUAUGGACUGCGCUCGGGAAAAUGGCGUGCUUGCACAAUGUGCGCAUUGCCUUCGAUGUCUACGAUCGAGGGGUCUGGCGCAAGAUCCCGGAGAAAAACAUCACCAGUGCGCUCAAGCAUCUCAGUGUGCAGCACCAAUUCACGAUCGAGUUGCCGCCAAGACUCCCCAUUCCUGCACCGAGGUUGGAGGGUCAGGCCCUGGACGACGACACUGACGGUAAGAACCCGUUUAGCGUAUUGAGACGACCAGCCCUUCGAUAUUGGACCUUUGUGCCGGAUAAGGUAGAGCGAUUCACCUUCGAGACGCACCUGGACGACUCGAACAACGAAAGCUGCGCUAUCGCGGUCCUGAAAGACGCCACCUUUGUGCACUCAUCUCAGGCACCUUACAACAACCCUCACCUCCUGUGAGGACAGACAGGGCUUGCAUGCAGGCGGCCGGUUUAGAAGUGUGGUCAGAAUGACAAGCUAUGACAUGAGAUUCGCCACCAUUUGGACGUGCAAUUCGGACGGGCCAGGGGCUAUGGUCGUCACAUCCCAG